GGCUGAUGUCUCCCUCGCGCUUCGCGGAAGUAACGAAGGCGGAAGUAACAGCGUAGUGAUGUUAGAUGUGUUUACACGCACAGGAUUUGAGAAUAAGAGAUAUUUUCCCAACUAUUCCCGUGUGAGCAGCUGUGUGUCGUGAUUCUGCGCAGGAAUGGAGCAGGACGCGAGCCCCGAGUCUGUGACGUCACAGCAGGACGCGAACCCCGAGUCUGUGACGUCACAGCAUGACGCGAACCCCGAGUCUGUGACGUCACCGGCAGGACAGGCAGGCAAAUCCAAGUUGGACACACUGUCUAAAGAGGAUCUGAUAAAGUUUGCAAAGAAACAGAUAUUGGCAAUGCAGAAGAUGAAGUCGAGAUGCACAGAUUUAGAACAGGAGGUUGCGGCGUUGAAGCAUCCUGCUCCCGACACAUCAGACUCCUCAGUUAUCCAGGAGCUGACAGAGCGGAUGAACGCUGUGCUGCAGGAGAAGGCUGAGAGUCAACAGAGCCUCGCGUUACUGCGCAAAGAGCACGAGGAGUUCAAGAGACAAGCACAGGACACAGAGAGAAGAUUAACAGCUCUUCAGGAGGAGCUAGACUUAAAAAAUAGAGAGUGUACAGAGCUGCAGAAAAAUACAGCUGAGCUCACUGCUCGCUUCAACACAGCCUGUUCUGAGUACGAGUCCAAGAUAUCUCAAACUCAAGAAGAGCUUGAUGAAGCCAAGCACCAGUGGACGGCUGCGACCGAAGCGCUCAAGGAGUCUCACCAGAUGAGCCUCACCGAAUCCCAGCAGGAGAGCGAGAAUCUGCAGAGGGAGAUCGAAAGAAUAAACAAGCAGUAUGAAGACGACGUCCGAUACCUGGAGGAGCAGCUGGAGCUGAACGCAGCGGACUUCGAGAGGGAGCGAGAGCGGCUGCUUCUGCUUCAGGACGAGCUUUCGGAGCAGCUGGCGCUGAAGGAGGGCUUCCUGCAGGACGUCCAGGAGGAAGAGGAGGACGCCAAUAGAGCAGGGCCUCCGAAACUCUCAGCGGACUUCCCGGCCUCGGACGACUCCGGCGACGAGGGCGGCGUGCUGAAAUUGGCACUGGAGGAUUUGCAGUCUCAAAACAUGAUGUUUCAAGAAGAGCUGGUGUUUCUUAGAAAUGUGAAGGUGGAGCUGGAGUCGGAGCUGAAGCAGGUCCGAGAGGAGUUCGCUGUGGAGAAGGAAGAACUAGAGUUCAGAAUUAAUGAGCUUCAAAUGAACAAAGACGGUGGUGAGAAGUCUGCGGACAGAAGCGGAGAGACGUGCAGAAUCCAAACCUCACAGGAGGCCCCGAAGGAACUGGAAACUAGCUUUAGCUCCAGAGCUGAACGAGAGCAGACAGAAGAAGCUGUCGACAAGCUGCAAGACAGACACUCGCCUCUUCCUGAAGAUGAGAGCAAGAUCACACGUGAGCAAGUGGAUCUGCGAGACAGAACAGAGCACUUUAUAACGCAAUACAAAGCCAUGAAGGAGCAAACCGUGGCCUCGGUUCAGGGUCUGCAGGAGAAACUCGAGAGCAUCUUCCAGGAGUUAGAGCACAUCAGAAAUACUGAGGACAUGUCGGACCAAGAGGUCAAGAUGCCUUUUGAGGACCUGAGGAACAAAACAGAAGAACUCCUAGGGAAUCUACAACACAAGGAGGCUCUUGUGUUAGAGUUCGAGGAGUCGCUGAGGUUCGUGGAGCGUGAGCACAAGGCAGAGAAUCAGCUGCUGUCGGAGACCAUGGAAAAGGACGAGCGAAUAAAGACCCUCGAGGAGGAGAUCUCUGCUCUUCAGUCCACACAGGAGGAGUGUCAAGACUCCAUCAAACUCCUGCAGUCUCAGAUUGUGUGCCUGUCAGAAGAGAGAAACGCCCUUCGGCGAGACAUGGACGCUAGUCAGGAGCAUCUGUCUGAAGUUCAGGGCCACAUCGCUGAAAUCCUCAGGCAGAGUUUCUCCGAGACCGAGGUUGAUGGCACGGCUGAUCUCUCAACCCUCAUAAACCGUCUCUUGACUAAAUCUCAGGAGGAGAAGGCACUCCUGACCCAGCAGUGUGCUGAAAGCGUCGAGCGGUGGACGGCUGAUCUGGAGAGCGCGAGGCAGUCGACGGAGGAGCUGCAGGAGCGCAUCGACGAGCUCCUCCGCGAGAAGCACCUGCUGAAGGCCAGUCUGGAUGAUGUGGUGUUGGACACAGAGGGACUGCAGAAGGACCUGAGUGAAAUUCAAGCCAUGAAUGAGAAGCUGAGGGCAGAAAACCAAAGCCUGCUUUCUCAAGUGGCUGACUUGAGCAGGAGUUCAGAGGAAAAAGAGCUGGCGGAUGAAACGGACGCACAAGUUCACGAGGCCAACAGGCUCCAACAGGUUCUUGCUGACAAAGACUCUCUAAUAUCUCAGCUCCAAGAAGAAGUUGGCCACCUACAGAUGUGCAAAGAGUCAUCGGUGUCUGAUGAAAAUGACAAAAUGAAAGAAUUAUCUCAUGAAAUAGAAAUGCUGAAGAAAGAGAGCAAAGACAAGGAUGAACGCAUGAACAAAAUCAAAGCUGUUGCUGUGAAGGCUAAGAAGGAGCUGGACAGCAGCAAGAAAGAGGCCGUCGCUCUGAGAGAGGAAGUGGAGCAGCUGAAGGCUGAACGAGACCGGCUCUCCAGAUCCAUGAAGGACAUCAUCCACGGAGCAGAGGACUACAAGAAUUUGAUGGUGGAUUAUGACAAGCAGACGGAGCUGCUGGAUCAGGAGAGAGAGAAGCUGGAGCAGGCCAACAAACACAAUGAAGAUUUAACCAGACGUCUCCAAAAUGCAGUUCAGCAGCAUGAGCUGCUGUCCUCCGAACGAGAGGAUCUUACGGCCCGUAUCGAGACGCUGCAGAGUAACGUCACGCAGCUGGAGUCACAGAUACUGGAGAUGCAGAAGCUGAAAUGUGGGCUGGAGCGAGACCUGGAGGCAGAAAGGCUCUUAAGAGAGCAGAAGACUAAGGAUCAUCAGUCUGCAGUCAAGGAGGUGGAGGAGCUUCAAGCUCAGCUCAGCAGACACAAACAUCAGCUCCAGGAAACGGCUCAGGAGCUCGAGCAGCUGAGAAAGGGCGCUCAGCAGAGCUCACUGAUGGACAUGGAGAUGGCCGACUACGAGAAGCUGGUGAAAGAACUCAAUCACAAGCUCUCUGAGAGAGACAGACAGAUGCAGGAGCACGAAACGCACAUACAGACACAGAAAGAGCGAGAGCAGCGUCUGAACGAGGAGAUUGAGUCUCUGAAGAUAUCGCUGGAUCAGACGGAGGAGAAAGCCUCCAGGAUGAAACAACUGCUGGUCAAAACAAAAAAAGAUCUGGGAGACGCAAAACAAAAAGAAGCGGCUCAGAUGAUCAGUCAGGCGUCUCUGAAAGGAGAGCUGGAGGCCCAUCAGCAGCAGCUGGAGGAAUAUAAGAUCCAGUGCAGUGAGCUGACGGCGGAGCGGCACCGGCUGCAGGAGCAGCUGAGGCUGAUGGGAGAACAGCACCAGCGCACGUCCAGCUCACAGCAGCUCAGUCUGAAGGCGCUGCAGGACGAGUGCUCGGCCGCCAAGGCUGAUCUUGCGGCGACGGUGUCUGAGUUUGAGAGUUAUAAGGUUCGAGUCCACAAUGUCCUGAAGCAGCAGAAACACAAGAGCUCCGCCCGCAGCGAUGGAGACGCCUUCAAACAGGAGAGAGAGCAGAUGGAGUGUGUGCUGGAGCAGCUGCGCAGCCGCCUGCAGGAGACGCAGCAGAGCCUUCAGUCCAGCACAGCAGAGCUGCAGCAGCUGCAGACGGAGCACGACACGCUGCUGGAGCGACACAACAAGAUCCUGCAGGAGAGCGUCAGCAAAGAGGCCGAGCUCAGAGAGAGGCUGCUGUCGCUGCAGUCGGAGAACGUGUCUCUGAAGUCUGAACACGGCCAGUGCGCGGCUCACCUGAGCGAUCAGACGGAGGCUCUGCGCGGCAGCUUCCGUGAGCAGAUGCGCCACCUACAGGACGAGCACUGCAGGACGGUGGAAACGCUGCAGCAGCAGGUCAGCCGGCUGGAGACGCAGAUGUUCCAGCUGCAGAAGGAGCCCGUCAGCGCCGGUGCGGCGCUGCUGCAUCAGGGCAGGAAGAGUCAGGCGGACAGGAAGCCAGCGGACGCUCCUCCGGUGGACCUGCAGGGCGCUCGAGAGGAGGGCGAGGGCAUGGAGACCACUGAGACGGAGUCGCUGUCCUCCACCGGGACCCCACUGCCCUCUCUGGAACAGCUGCUGACCUCUGCUGACCUCAAACACGAGCCUGCUGUCUGGCAGAUGGAGCCCAGUAAAGAGGAGCUGGCUGUGAAGCUGAGCAGUGCCGCCCGCAGCGUGGAGCACCUGAGCGGCCUUCUGCACGAGACCGAGGCCACCAACGCCGUCCUGACCGAGCAGAUCACUCUCCUGAAGAGUGAGGUGCGUCGACUGGAGCGCAAUCACGAGCGCGAGAAAUCUGUGGCCAACCUGGAGUACCUGAAGAACGUGCUGCUGCAGUUCAUCUUCCUGCACUCCGGCAGCGAACGUCAGGCGCUGCUGCCCGUCAUCCACACCAUGCUGCAGCUGAGCCCGGAGGAGAAGAGCCGGCUUGCCGCCAUCGCUCAAGGUGAGGAACAGUCGGCUGCGUCGCGAGGAUCGGGCUGGACGUCGUAUCUUCACAGCUGGUCAGGGAUCAGAUGAAGGGUCACGUGACCGCACACAUCCUGGAGCCGGAGCCGUCCGUGCAGCUGAAGGACAUCUGGACACUGUCAGUCCGUCACACGUCACAACACCACCAUCGCUAUAUUUAUGCGCCUUAUUUUUCUACUGUAUGACUGUCAGUCGUGAUGGGGUUUGUUUGGGUUAUUGGCUGAAGGUUAUUGGUUGGUCAUAUUUAUUGUAUUUUAACAUAAAUGAUACAUUAUCAUUUUUCCACAAACUGUAAAUCUCGUAUCAUAAGAGAUUUGAAGUACUGUGAGGUUCAUUGAAUGAAGGUGUGUAAAUCUAUCAGAGAAUAUAUAGUCAAAGAAUUAAACUACUUUAAGAGCUUA